GUGAUGGUCAUGGUCAUGCCAUCGGUGAAUAACCAUCUUCCUCAUAUUGCCUCUUCAUUUCCUUUUUGUUGCCGUCUGGCUGGUGUGAUACAGUAGUAUCACAUCCACGGAUACAAGAUGAGUGUUUUGUAUACACGAAGACAUUCAUGACAACGAUACCCUCUUCUCCUGCAAAGACAGAAAUUUGUAUUUUCCAAAAAAGAGUGACUGAUUGUUCGAACUGAACAAAGACUAGCUUAUCUAGACUCUCUGAGAUCCCACCGACAAAGGCUCUACUCGAUCAUGACAGUGUGUUUAUAUAUUGUCUGUCUAUCCCAACAAUAUACAUCACGGUCCGAAGCAUAUUGAAGGACAAGCAACACCCAUAUCACCACCACACCAAUUGCUCGCCACAGAGAGUGUUUACCGUUCAAUGCUUCAACAAAAAGACAUUAGCGUGUUAGCCAAAGGUACAUAACAUGUACACGGGAAGAUGAUGAUAUGACCCGAAAGAGACAAAGAGGGACAAAACAUACAGUGCAGCAAGAACAUCCCUUGCAUCCAGAGGCAUCAUGGCCACAGGUACUGCAGUGAGGUUCCAUUGUUUGUUGGACUAAGGUGUCCGGGUCUCGAGGGUAAGUAAGACGAGAGAGACUGUUUUUGGGUUUUAUGUUUGUGUCGUUUGUGUUUUGAUGUCAGUAACGCAACAAGUUUUGUCGUGAAGGAAACAAAAAAGAAAAGGAAGAUACAUCUCUAGCGUUCUCGGGGAUGGGUUUAUAUACCCUCUCCAGAUUGCUUUGUGUGGUCGUCUGAUUCAAAGUUGCAUGCAGUGCAAUUGUUUGACCCAGUCCCGACCUCCCUCGAACCCACGCUUCUCUUGCUCAAGUGGUCAGGCAUCCAUGCCCUGCAAGCCCGUGGGGUGAGAAGAGGAAUUCAUGGACCAUUAGAUUCAGGUAAUCGAGAAUGAGGUGAACCUGUCCCUGCAGACGAGAAAGGACCCGUCCCACGUCCUCUCGCUCGCUCGUUCGCCCGUGUGAAAAAUGCAAGAAGAUGAUCCACUAUCCGUCCAAAGGGCCUGUAGGUUGUGUGAUAACAUCUCUCAUGCUGCGUGGGCACGGCUCCCCUUCUACUUCUCCCAAGCCAAUCACUCGCUUCUUCCUGGAGCGGGCGUUGAUAGCAUCCCACCCUGUUAGGACGCUCUUCGGACGGGUCCGGUUCGAUCCCAAGGCUCUCAGGUUGUACAAUGGUAUCCCUGCUAAGGUUUCGUCCGGUCAGCCCAAUUCUGCAAACAUGCCACGCCAUGUGUGCCCUAGACUGUUCCGCCUGGGGCCUCUGAAUGGACAAUUUCGACACUCUUGUGACUUUAAGCCAAGGUCUGACGUGUUGACGAUCCGUGCCGUCAAAUAUGCAAGAUGUGCUGGCAACUGUGCUGAGCUUCUUGUGGGAUGCUAAGGAUGCUAGAUGCUCUCCCAUUGACUCGUCUCAUCUCUUCGCCGAGAGAGCUUCCACACGAAGUAAAAGAAGAGGCGUAUGCCAGGUCAGUCCGAGUUGGAGGGCAAGCUGUGGAUAUAUCUUUCCAACGAGUCAGAUAUCAUCAGACCGGUGAAGGUGGACACAGCCCAUCGAGAAAUGACAUCGAAUUUAUCCCCGGUCAUGGCAGCUAAGCAGCUGACAGCACAUGCUGUUGAGAUUUUUCACAAUCAGAGGCACUCUGUAUCUCAUUCGAACGUACAUCCAGGUACGGUUCCCAUUUGACCCAAUUGGUAGCCUACCUAUCUCCUCACCGUACGGUUGUUCUGUUUCGUAGCCAUCGACUCCUCUCAUUUCAGUGCUUCCGAGGUUUGAAUCUGGACAACAUCCGCAAGAGAUUCAAUUUGACCAAAAUUGAACAAGUCGAGUGAAGUGAGGUGUAUGUGUACUGGGCACAUGUUGUGGGAUGACGCUCUGAAACGAAACGGUGCAGUCAUAUUGAGCUUUUCAGACGUCCAAGAAAGAUCUGCGAGAAUGUCAUCGUCCUCCUUUCCGUUCUCGGUCACUCUUCGGUAUCAUAUUUCGCCUAUCGUGCUUCGAAGAUACCUGCCUAGCUAUCCAGUGUCAUGACAAGGCGACGCUUGAUACGCAUUUCUACAAAUAUGUGACGAUAUUGAAAGGAUCCUAUGAUUUCUCUGAAGCCGAAUAAACAAUGUCUAAAGCCUUAAGCGGCCAUUUAAAGGUCCUAGACUAGAGCUCUAGUUUCCAGCGUUCCUCGUCCAAACUUGCCCUAGAAUCAAUUGUUGUCGGUAGCACUGAACAUAAUUUCCCAUGGUCUCAUAUCCUUCUUGAGCUCGUAUGAAGAGAUCAAGUUCGUUUCCAUCUACACAUUCUUCCAACCGGGAGCAUUUCGCUCCAAUUGCUUCUAGCUGACCUCAACCCCAUAAAGUAAGAAGAAUACACGUUGAACUCUGCCACCCUCAAGCCUGAGCUUGAGUCCAGAAAUCGAGGCUGGCAAUCACAUCUUCACCGCUCUCAUCUUCGUAAGCGUACAGAAUCUGUAUAGUGUUAGGAUAGGCAUCACAUAUCAAGCGCAGUUCAAUGACUUACCUCGCGGGUACUGGAAUGAAGCAUCCUUACGUUCUUGCCGGUCAUGACAUGAAUCAACUCGCUAGUUUCGAUGUGUCUUAUCUCAAUGAAACUCGGCUCGAAGGCAAGAAUGUAG